CUUUCCUUGGCUCUCGACGGAAACGAAGUCAUCAGAAGUGAGAGUGGAAAGGUGUAAAGAAGCUGUUCUAUAAGGAUCGUGUAUAGGGCUGCAGAAUGUGGGCGGCGAAAUAUGUUUUAUGCGCGCUGACAUGCGUUGCAUUUGCUACAGCUUCAUCAAACUCCGAACGCAAAAGGAAAAGUAAAAUGGAUGUUCCUGAAGAUCCCAGUGUGCCGCUGGAAUUGGCCCGCACUUUGGACAUGAGCUGCUCGUCGGCCCAGAUCUCGCCGCCGGUGAUUAGCCAUGGAAAAGUGGCCCUAAUCGAUCGUCGUCGGAGGGGCAAAAAGGUAUUCCUAGUCGCCUUUUACGCCUGUGACGAAGAAUACGGCUUCGAAAAUACAAACAAUGCCAUGUUCUGCUCAAAUGAGAGCUGGUUGGGUGAUUUACCCACCUGCUUACCCCAGCGGGAUUUUUUGGAACAGGAGGAUGAGUUUGAGGAGUACGAUACGGUGCCUAAUUACGAUAACGAGGAAGAUGAUGAUGAUGAAAAUGAGAUAGGUGAUGUCGAACCACCAAGACCACCACCACCGCCGGUAACGGAAAAUGUUGUUGUGCCUUCAGUAAGAGCCGAAUCCAAGCCAGAACCAGAAAUCGUUAUUCAUAUUAAUGAAAACGAAGCAAAUCAAUCUGAAGCGGGUGGAAGCACAAUCCAGGAACCAGAUUUCCAAAGUUUCAUGGAAUCCGAAAAACCAACUUUUGUAGAACUUACGAAGGAACCCGUUCCUACGACUCCCAAAAACGAACUUCCCCAGAAUGUCUCAACCGAAAAUAUUAGCUCCAACAACACGUUUGUUGCAGCAAAAAAGGAUAUUUAUGAGCCGACCUUGUUGGAUAACAAUUGUGGGCAGGAUAAUGGCGGUUGUGAGCACAUAUGCAUGAGAUUGCUCUAUCCAGAUGAAAACGAACCCGUUCAAAAAUGCAACUGUCAAAAGGGCUACACCCUUGACCUCAACGAUUAUACCAGCUGUCUAGAUAUUGACGAAUGCCUGGAGUCGAAUGGCGGUUGCACGGAAAUUUGCGAAAACAUGCCAGGAGAAUAUAAAUGCGCUUGUCAAACUGGUUACAAAAUAGAUAUUUCUGAUGGAAAAACUUGUGUGGAUAUCGAUGAAUGUGCCAAUAGCGAGCUGUCACCGGACUGUCAAGGUGGCUGCACAAAUCUGCCUGGUUCCUAUCGUUGUGAGGUACUUUUGGAAGUGGAAGUAAAGUCUCCCACCGCUUCGGAGGAAUCCACACCGGAGGUCACCGAUAUUCCAGUACAUAAAUCAUGCAAUCCAGGCUUUAAGCUCGCCGCCGAUGGCAGCGACUGUCUGGACAUAAAUGAGUGUGAGGAGAAGGAUUCCUACUGUCAACAAAACUGUGAGAAUACGAUCGGCUCCUUCCGUUGCUCCUGCCUGGAGGGCUAUCAUCUGCUCGAGGAUCAGUGGAGCUGUGCCUUGGAUGGCUGUGCGGAUCUGCAAAAGCCGGAAUUAAAUCGAACUCGAUGUGCCCACGCGUGCGAGGAUCUUCCCGAAGGAAGUUACCGAUGCACGUGUCCCAACGGCUACAAACUCUCAGAGGAUGGGCAUUCCUGUCUGGUGGACGAAUCUGUUGUCUCCAAUGAGAAGGAAAUAAAGAACUGCUCGCCGGGAACCUGUUCUCCCAGUGAGGAUGAUUGCAGCUUAGGUUGCAUUUGUCCAACGGGCUACCGCAGUGAUGAGUUCGGUUGCCAGGACAUUGACGAGUGCGCGGAUGGCUCUCACCUGUGCAGUCACAGCUGCCAGAAUACCCCGGGUGGCUAUCAGUGUGUGUGUCCCGAAGGACUAAGUCUGGUUGAGGAGUACACCUGUGUGGCCGAGGACCGCUGCGAGGUGAACAACAAUGGUUGCGAGCAGAUCUGCCUGACGGCCAGAGGAGGUGCCUGCUCCUGUCGCGACGGCUACCACCUGAGUCCCAACGGCAAGAGCUGCCAGGAUGUGGACGAGUGCCUGGUGAGGAACGGCGGCUGCCAGCAGGUGUGCCGCAAUCUGCCAGGUUCGUAUGGGUGUCUGUGUGCCGCGGGCUUUGAACUCCUCAAGCUGGAUGGCCUCCGUGGCUAUUGCUUCGACAUCGACGAGUGCUCGCGGGGAACUCACGGGUGCAGCGAUCAAAUGCUUUGCGAGAACCUCAAUGGUUCGUACACCUGCCUCUGCCCACCAGGCUAUGCCCUGGGAUUGGAUAACCACAUUGCCACAUCACUAAACACCUCACUAUCUCAUGACUCAACCUCAUUCGCACCUCCGUCCUCAUCCGCAUGCUUGGACAUCGACGAGUGCUCUCUGGCCAAUGGGAACUGCUCUCACUUUUGCCAAAACGAGCCGGGUGGCUUUCGGUGCUCCUGUCCCUUCGGUCAUGCCCUGUCGGAGGAUAUGCACACCUGCCAGGACAUCGAUGAGUGUGCCGAUAAUAAUGGCCAGUGCUCGCAGCUCUGCUUGAAUCAACCGGGGGGCUUUGCCUGUGCCUGCGAAACGGGUUUCGAACUCUCUCCCGAUGGCUUUGGUUGCUCCGAUAUCGAUGAGUGCUCUCGGAAUUAUGGAAACUGUAGCGACAUCUGCAUCAAUCUUCUAGGUACCCACGCCUGCGCCUGCGAAAGGGGCUACGAGUUGACCGCGGACAAGAAGUCCUGCCAGGAUGUGGACGAGUGUGCGGGACUCCUUUCCGGCGGCUGCUCCCACGAGUGCAUCAACAAGGCGGGCACCUUUGAGUGCGGCUGCCCCUUGGGCUAUGUCCUCACCGAGGACGAUCGCAGUUGUCGUCCCGUUCUGGUGGGAUGUCCACCUGGUGCACAGCGGACCUCCGAGGGCUGUGUUCCGAUUGACUGUGGUCGGGGAUUCACCCUGGGAUCGGAUGACAAGUGCGUGGACGUCGACGAAUGCCUGGAGAAGAACGGAGGCUGCUCACAUCGCUGUUCGAAUAGCGAGGGUUCUUUCAAGUGCAGUUGCCCACCGGGCUAUAAAUUGAACAGUGAUCAAAGGACUUGCCAGGACAUAGACGAGUGCGCUCAGGACAAGACAAGUUGCAUCUCCGGAAAAUGUGUAAACGAGAUUGGAGGCUUCCGUUGCGAGUUCCCCAAAUUCCCCGACUUGCCGGUGGUUCCUUCGCUUUCAGCGCUGCCUGAACUGCCGAAGCCGGACUCCAAGAAACCCAAGUAUCCUGACUUCACCGAAUUGUCAAAUGAUAUUCCCAAAAGUCCAAAAAAUCCUGACUUCCCCGAGUUUCCAAAGAGAGAAUUCCCCUCGUUGCCAAGAUAUCCACCAGAUCUCCCAAGUCUCCCGCCUCUUGGAGAGCUACCCACAACCACAAGCACAACCACAACGCCGUCACCUCUUCCUAAGCUUCCUGAUUUCCCCAAAAAUCCUUUUGGCAACCCACUUCAACCCAGAGAUCGCUGUCCUCGAUUCCAAGCACCGCGCAAUGGCAAGUCCCAUUGCAAUAGGUAUCGCCAUAAGGAGCACCGGUUCUACAACAGUCGCUGCCGCAUUACCUGCAAUCCGGGAUAUGUCCUACAGGGUCCGGAAAUCAAGAGCUGUGGCGCAACUGGAAUUUGGGAGGGUCCGGAGACCAAGUGCGUGGCUCUUAACCAACCUCGCUUGGGCGGUCCAGGAAUCUGUCCUGCUCUGAAACCCGCUCAAAAUGGAGUUAUCUUUCCACCCAGCUGCACCCAAGGUCCUUCCAGAUUUGGAGACGUCUGCCAAGUUCAAUGCAAUGUCGGUUUUGUGCCCACUGGAUCUUUGUUGACCUCCUGCAUGGUUUUGCAGGGCUGGUCCUUUGGAACCGAGCUCAACUGCAAACCCUUCGAUAACAGUUUGUUUGGCCACCAGUUCAACUGGGGGCAAUGGAAUUCUCCACAACUAGCGACAACCCUUCAAACCCAGGAAGUUCAGGGAUUCAAGCCCUUUAUUAAGUGUCCAGAAAAUGUGGUGAUUUUACUGCAUCCUGGCGAGCAAAAGACUCACGUUACUCUGCAGAGACCCGAAACGAAUCUACGAAAAGGCCAUUUGGUUGCCUAUCCCGCUUGGGCGGGUCAGCUCCAAGGUCAUCUCCCAGCCGGAGUCCAUAAGGUCGACUUCAGAGUAAACGAUCCGGAGAGAAAGCUAACAAUUGAAUGUCACACAAUCAUCACUGUUAAGGCGGCACAAUCUGAAGAAUCAAAUCCCUUCAGCUACCCCUCGAGACCAAGAUCAUCACUUCCCAGACCGGCUCCAUUCGGCACCUUAUCCACAAGCAGUUCAGCUGCAUUCCCCUCAAGUCUUAGUACCACAGAUUCUCAGUCAUCAACUUACUCCGGACUAGAACCUUUGUUCCCAAACACGGCUACCAAGCCAGAUUCCUUUCCCACAUUUUCCAAUCACAUUUCGAGGUCAGAAUUUCCAAGUCAUAGUUCCACAGAUUCCCAGUCAGUAUCUUACUCUGGACUAAAACCUUUGUUUCCCGACACGGCUCCCAAGUCAAAUCCAUUUCCCACAUUUUCCACCCACAGUUCAAUUCCACAGCCCCAAUUUCCGGUUCAAAGUUCCUCAGAUCAGUCUUCAUUAUACUCCAAACUAGAACCCUUUUCCCAAAAAUCCGCUAAGAUAAUUAGUUCUUCUCCUGCGCGUACUGAAAGCACCCGAGUAGACUUGGGGUCCGACUUCGAGAACUAUUGUCCACCUUCUAUUGAAGUCUAUCUGAAGGAGCACCAGGGCCUGCGAUCAGUUACCUGGGAAGAGCCGCGAUUCGAGGGAAAACUGCUUAAGAUCUACAAGUCACAUUUUCCUGGUGCCUUGUUUACGGAGGGAGAUCACACAAUCAAAUACGAGGCCACCACAACCGAUGAAAGAACUCUAAGGUGCACAUUCUUCAUUCGAGUCAAGUCUGCUAAGCCCACUCCUCCACCAAUCCAGCCGAAUAUCGAUUUCGAUUCUGAAUUCAGUUCUGCGCCCGCCCAACUUCGCCGCUUGGAUGAUCCCGGUACCUAUGUCAUUUGUCCGGACAAGGAGCCCGUCCGGGUGACUGCCGAUCAAUCCGUCGAUCUGCCUGUAGGUUGCACUCUGAAAAACGUGCGUCCGCAAUCGAGUCCCCAGAAAAACCUGAAACGUGGCAAACUCACCUCGCUGUGGCAUCAUUAUACUCAUUUCUGAUGUCUGCCUACUAUUGUGUAAACUAUUUACAACUAUUUACUAUGUAGUGUAAACUAUUUGAUGCGCAAUUUAUACAAAUAUUUUUGUACGACUUUUAUAUGCUAAAAUAAAUAUUUUUAAAA